AUGGUCCUGCUAAGCGACCCCGACGGAGGGCGAGACAGGAAGGCACUUACACCCCAAGCUUGCCUGUUUGAUUCGCCCCCCGGGCAUCACGACGGCUUGCCCAUGGGAGCCAAGAAGAGGCUGACAGCAACUUUCGCACACAGCCCUGAGCCUGGAACCCGGCGUCUCGCCUUUGUCACCGCCGCACGCUCGCCGCGAUGCAACACUGAUAGUGCUCGAACCUACCCAUCCCCCGGAGCGGCUGAACGGUCCCCAGUGCCGCGUCGAUACGGUGCUGAUUUCGACGGAUCCGCCACAGCAUCGAGCGUUGUGACCCUGGGUUGCCUCCAACGACGAUGGAGCGAUCCGCAGUCCGGCCGAGAUGCACGGCACUCCAGCGAGCGGUCCAACUCCAACAGUGAAUGUCGCCAGCAGUCUGGAUGCAGCGCGCACGCACUGCGCGCGGGCAAGGGUUAG